GAAAACUUUUUCGCACCGUAGCAUAACAGUUAAAUAGAGCGAAUCGGCCGUUUCUGUUGAGAGUGAACAGAAACCAUCAUGCAGUUAGCAACUUUCCUACCUCUGGUACUCGCUACCGUAGUGAAUGCCCACUUUCAACUUCAAUAUCCUAUUCCAAGGGGACCAUUUGUAGAGGACCAGGAGCCCACGUUUUGUGAUGGCUACACGGAUGCUGUGUCCAAUCGGACAGUGUUCCCUCUAGCAAAUGGGGUGAUUAACCUCAACAGCGAGCACCCGCAGUGGGCUGUCGGCGUCAUUGUAUCCACACAACAGGAUCCCACAUCCUUCGCCGCCUUUAGCUCCUCUUCGGGGUACCAAAUGGCUGUCCAAUAUUUCGAAACUAGCGGGGAGGGACAAUAUUGCUUCCCGAUUGAUCUGGCAAGUUCAGGUGUCUCAGGAAUUCAAGACGGUGCCAACGUGACCAUCCAAGUUGUCUAUGAUGGCGGUGAUGGCACCCUCUAUCAGUGUGCCGACUUAACUCUAUCUGCCAAUGUGACGGCCCCAAGCAAUGCGACUUCCACCUGCACGAAUGUCACCGUAACCGCAAGCGGAACUGCUGCUGCCGCCGCUGCAACUGCAACAAGCACUGGUGGCGCCAAAAAGGAUGGCAUAGCAGUUUCUGGGAUUGUUGCCACCGCAUUGAUGGCCUUGGGGCUCUCUUUUGUCUGAACCCCAAAGUCACGACAGGGAACGUGAUAACAGAAAGCGGCGGAUGGAUGAAUGAAAGUAACUACGCGGCAGUAACAACCCAAGUGUAAACAUGUGUCCCAUUUGUUGGGAGGGCCGAGACCUAAAGACGUCUCCGUGAAUG